AUGGCCAUUCAAAUUCCACUCAGCGGCGACGAGGGCAUCGUGAUUGCAGGAGGGUUUGCGUCCUUGGCUGUAGCAUCGGCUACAGCGUGUGCUCUCCGGGUGGCUGAGGCAGAGAAAGAUGUUCUGUACGUCACUACUGCGGGAGCUAACGUGGUGCCUAUCAACGGAGAAACAGAGGGCGCCAAGGUCGUGAGUGACAGAGUUGGAGCGGAGACUACGGCCUAG